AUAAAAUUGAUCAACAAGGUGAAAAAUGUCAAAAUAUAAAAAGCAUCGGCCCAUGUGCCACAUGAUAGUACUUACGCUAAUGAUGAUCGUGUUGUUUUCCACAGCAUUAGGACUCGAUACAACAAAUUCACAAGAACAAGUUAAAGUUAAAUACCGACAUCGACGCGAAAAUGAUGAAGAUGAGAAUUUUAUUGCACUGGCACCAGCUGACGGCGACGAGUUUAAUCUGGAAAGUGUUCUCGACAAAGACAAACAGAUGCCGGCAAUUGUGCGUCUCGAUCCCGUGCUCGAUAGCAGCGAAGAGACCGAAGACGAUUUUAUCGAGUUGUCGGCAAAGAAGAACGACGAUAAUGAUAAUGGAAGCAAUAACGAUUACAAAAAUUAUGAUGCAGAUAAAUAUAAUAGGUUUUUCGACAGUGUCGACAUCAAUGAGGAGCAACGACGCAUUCUCAACGAUAGCACACCCGUUUUUGGCAGAAUUGACUCCGAUGCCGACGAUUACUUGGAUUCAACAACCGUACUAACGACGACGUCGACAACAACAACAACAACCUCUACUCCAUCGCCGUACGUGCGAGAAAUUUACAAGACAAGUGCUGAAGUUGAUGACGACUUGGAAAACAACAACUACGACGAGGAUACCGACGAAGACGACGAUGAGCUUCAGUUACGCCGGAAUCAUCACUCAAAAUUCAAAAAGAUGCGAAAACACACAAGAAAACAUCACAAGUCGUCAUCUUAUCUUCCAGAAUAUUACUCGCAUUCCUUCUCGCCCGCACACCAUCAUUUUUCUCGCUUUCAUCGCGACGACGAGUUUGGAGAAAAUCCUCAUUCGCAUCGUCGUCGCACCAAACAUCGCAAUCGGAAGCUUUCGCAGACUUUUGGCACGGAGCAGCGUCAAGUGAAGGACGACGGGCAAUUCCGUUCGGGAUAUCGCGCCAAUUACGGAAGUGACCAAUAUCGCGGACGCAUCAGUUUCUACGACAAUUCGAACCGUUUGGAGACUCAUGAUGACGUCACACGGAAAAUUAACGGAAAAUCCAAGGAAAAAUAUCCGUAUUUUAAUAAAGUGAAGUCGCAUCUCGAGGAAGAAGACGACGAUUUGCCGCCGUACGUGAAAAAAUACAAUCGCCGGAACAAGCAGUUGAUCGAUUUGCUCGAAGGAACGCUCCCGCCGCAGUCCGAGAAGCGAUUUCACGCGAAAAAAAACCCGCAUUGGCUCGAAGAUGACUUGUUCGAGGAACAAAAGCCGAGCAAAAAUAAAUGGAGCACCGAAAUUGAGGCAACUGCCCAUCCAAAUGCCUUACCGGAGGACAAUGUUCGCGUCAUUUACGACGAAAAAUCCCGGAAUUUCAGCAAAUCGGCAAAAUUCAACCUUACCGCAUCCAGUAUAGCAAGCAAUAAUCACUCGCCCCCGUUCAAGGUGUCGUCGCGCGCCGGGCAAUUCAUCUAUCACACAGUCACCCAAUCUCCCUCGGCGUCGGGUUCGGGCAUCUUUGGGGGUGUCAAGAAGAAACGACUCCCAUUCGUCGCGAUUACUGAUCGCAAAGUUGGGAGUCCGACAAGAACGCGACGUCGCACCGACAGCAACAAUAGUAUUAGCACGAAAAAUGAACAAAAUCGCCUAACGAUGCCUUAA